CGCCAAAUCCACUUAUGCCAGAGAGAGCUUAGGGAGGGUGCCUUAUAUUUCAUCCUCUUGCGUUCUUCGGUUUGCGUGCAUGUUUCAUCCCGAAUCGAACUAUAUCUACGAGUUUCGUGCCUCUCCCCUGUAGCCUCUUUUAGAUCUGUGUCGACUGUUCGCCGUGACCGCUUCGAAAAGUGAAAAUGACAGCUGAUGAGGAAGAGGACAUCCCAGGCUCUGGGGCAGUAUGCACCUUUGGGAAGACCCGGUUUGCUGGCAACAUGCCCGGAAUGUUUUGGGUGAAAAACGAUCCCGUCAUUCACGUGGCCUGCGGGGACGAGCACUCCGUCUUCAUAACGGCGGGAGGCCGUGUAUUCAGCUUUGGCAGCAACGAGUAUGGCCAGCUUGGGCAUGGCCACAAGAACACAGUUGUGCGGCCCAAGUGCGUGAAAGCAUUGAAAGACCAGCGGGCGGUUCUUCUAGCGUGUGGACGGGCUCACACACUGGUUGCAACAGAUGAUCACAAAGUUUAUGGCUUCGGUGUCAACACCGAACACCAGUUGGGCCUCAACUCUCAAGAGUUUCAACAUGCGGAGCCUGCACUAAUCACUGCACUCAGCGGGCUUCAGAUCAAGCAGCUGGCUGCUGGGGCUGAGCACUCCGUGGCGCUUACAGACAAGGGAACGGCUUACGUCUGGGGUGGUGGCAAAGAGGGCCAGCUAGGCCUUGGGACCAAGACCACAGUUCCCUCGCCUCUGGAGCUCAAAGUGGACAUCAGGAUAAUGUGCAUUUCUACGGGCUAUUACCACACAGCUAUUGUUUCAGUUGAUGGCAUUUUGUAUACAUUCGGAGAGAGAGACGGAGGAAAGCUUGGCUUACCAAAAACCCUAUGCUGCAAGCGCUACAACAAACCGACAGAGGUCUCGACCAUCCCAGGAAAAAUAGUCUCCGUCUCUUGUGGCGGGACUCACACAAUGGCGCUCACAGCUGAGGGAAAAGUGUAUGCCUUUGGUGAUGGUCGGAAUGGCCAGCUCGGGCUGGGGAACAAGACACUGCAAAGCAACAAGCCACAGCUGAUCCCCUUUGUCGAAGGCAUCAAGAUUGCAAAGGUGGUCUGUGGAGAGAGUCACACCGCUUUUCUCUCAGACAAGAGGCAGCUUCUGACAUGUGGAGACGCUCGCCACGGGAAGUUAGCACUGGUAACUAAUGAUGUCUCUGCGAACCAGUUUACUCCCACCUUGGUCGAGGAGCUGCUUUCAUACCAAGUCCAACAGGUUGCUUGUGGUGGCUGUCAUACGCUGGUCCUUGUCAUUCCUGGUUCUGGCCAGGAAGUCAACGCAAACAAUGAGGUCGGUGCUACAGGCGAUGUCAAUGGGGCUCGUGCAAAGAGACGUCAUCGAAAGGCGGCACUAAUUGAAAACGACCAAGACGAACCAGAUGCUUGUGAAGAAGAUUUGCAUGUUACGGCAAGAGUACUCAACGAGACAAGUCGACAGCCACGAAAGCCGCCGUUUCUCGUAGAAGCUGAAAGGGACACCAGUAUCCGCCACGUGGACAGUGACGUCAGUGAUGAUGACACAUCAGAAAUGUCUGUGCUAAACAAGACACAGGUAAUCAACCACAUUGGAUCUAAAGAGAUACUGUCAGCCCUUGAUCAAGAUGAGAAGCCACCAGGGCUAAAGAAAGAGUCUGCAAAAUCACCUCAAGGAACAAUCCAGAAUGGAGAUAAAGCCAAACUGAAUGGGCCCAAGGAGGAGCCACCUGUGGUGCCUGUUGCAGAAACGCCAAAGAAAAUAGCUGCACUGGCCAGCCAUCCUAAGACUGACAGUGAGGGCGAGGAAAGGCGUGACAAAGUUCGGUGGCUACCAGCACACAAGGAAUCACCGAAACAUCGCAAGGAACUGGAGCGCAUGGCCGAGAAGGCUAUUGAGAAAGCCAAUGAGGACUGCUCAGACAAAGGUACACCCACAAAGCGUGCUGGAAAGAAAAAGAAAGACGCAGAGGCAGACAAGGAGGCCUCUAAAGAUGGAAAAGAAGAUGGGGAGAAGAAAGAUUCGAAGUCGUCGACCUGCGUUGUCAUGUGACCUUCUGCACGAGACGGCCACUAGCAGGCAAUGCCCGUCUGCUCGUGUUUCUCAACAUUUUGACAAGACGGCUUCAUGCAGCAUGCUUGUUGCUUUUUUUUUUCUUUUUUUGCCCACAAUGACGUUCGCUCCUUAACCUUCUUCCAAAGAAAGCAAGCAAAAUGGCUGCUUCCGCUUCAUGCGCAGCAGCUGAGCGUGUGGGAAGGAUCAUAUGGUGUUUGUCGUCUGCAUCCGGUGAAUUCGCAUCUUCUGGCUUCUUGGUGAAGUGACUUCAGCGAGUAAUGUUUUCAUUGUCUGUUUGCUGUUUGCUUUUCUGUUUGAUAGACAAGCACCUUUUGUGUCUGUGUGUGUGUGUGUGAACAUUUGUUUUCUGACCCCCUGAGUCUGAUUGCAGUACAACUGUCGUGUUACUCUGGCUUUGGAGUUCUGUUGCACUGUCUUGGGCCGCCCUGAACAACAAUGUUUCCUAUGUGUUUCCAUGUCUCUUUUUAAUUUAAUGUAAAUGCACAGCGUAUCCACAUAACAUGGUGCAAGCUUUUAUGUAGGAAAGGCUCAUUUUACAAGUGUGGAGGCACGACUCUGUAGUAGUUGGCCAAGCCAACUUUCACCUCUGGAACAUUAAAUAAUAUUUGCUAUGACGUGCAGAGUAGAAGUGCGAAGGGAAAAUAGGGACAACAGGACAGGCAACAAGUGGUAACUUCAAACUAAAGUGCUUGUCUGUGUCUGUCCUUUCAUUUGCUUUGUUUCCUUUUCACUUCAAUUCUACUUGUGAUUAAAUAACUGCCCACUCUCAAGCAUUGCUUAUUUUUAAAGUAUGCUCAUUAAUUUCUUUAGGAUCGCUAUUAAUCAUUACAGGUGCCUAUUCACACAAAUGUAAUAGAACUAAGAAUAUAACAGGAUGGACAUAAGAGACUUUGAUGACUUAGAAAAGAAAUGAACAUUAUAUCACAGAUGUAACCCACACAGAGUUGUGUGCCAUCAUUCCCAACACGUAUAAUAUAGCAUGACAGACGAUUAUGCCUAAUGAAAUCUUCAACUCAUUGUUUUACAGCACUCUGGCAGUGCUACGGGAGUUGUACGAGGCUGUAUUCAAUACAUAUUGAAAAAAUAAGCAGGCCCCAAUAAUGGCAACCUGACUUCAUUCACAUUCUCACUAUUGAGAAUUACUCAUUCUUGCUUUAUUAUAUAAAGCUUUAGUCGCUGCCUAAUGUGAUCUUUGUAGCAUGGCCAGAGUAUUAUUCAACAAUCUGUGAAGAUGCUAAAAGGUUACAUUGUCCAGUAGCUGUUUGCUGGACUGCUAAGAUAAUUUGUUGGUCAGGUAGUCUGCAACAAAUGUGCAUACAUGUGGAAUGUUGCAGGCUCUAGGCAUGCAGUGCUCUGUGCAUUCUUUGCUUGCGUGUAACUACCAUAAGUGUCUGGUUGUGGUCUUGGGCUGUGCUUAAAUUUGAUGUUCUCGUCUUGGGAGUGUGGGACAGACUACUAGAAAAAUUGGAACAUUUUAGAAGUAGUGACGUUGGCUGCUGGGCACUCUGCAGUUCUGCAACAAUAUAUCUUGGCUGUCGCCAGAAUUCUUGAGCAACUAAACCACUCGGUAUUGGCUCAUUGACUAUUCGAGGAACAAAUGCGUGUCAGGCAUGUCAAAAUGCAAACUCGAGAUGUGCCUUCACCUCCGUACUAUGACUUUUCUCAUCUUUAUGCUUGUCUCAUGGCAUGACAGAUACAUUGUGCAUGAAUAUAUAUGUACAUUUCUUUUAUCAACUAUUUAAUGAGUUAAUGUGCUUUACUUCGGUGCUGCUACGACCUAGAACAGUGUUUAGAGAAAAUCAUUAUAGUUAUGGAUUUCAUACUUCCGCCAUAUGAUCACCCUCAUAGUAUUAAACUAUCAGUUUCAGCAUUGACUGUUGAUGCCAAUAAGCAGCAGGUAACAUCUUCAUAAAUUAUCUUUAUUUCUUUUCUUGCUGAUAUAUUUUAAUGCACUGAGCGCUCAGUUCAGGCCAAAAGCCCAAGUUAUGUUUGAUCAACCAAGAAUGGAGGUCUUGAGGUUUGUCUCAUGAGGCAGUCUCAUGAGGGUUGUUCAGGGCUGCUUGGGAUUAAAUGUGUGGUUGAUUUGUUUGACAUACACCUCGGGUAGCUUCAUACGGUGCACUCGCCUAGUGUUUACUGAGUGUAUUUUUGCUCUCACUGUAAAGCACGUGGACUAAAGAGAAGGAGUGGUGGAGAAUGUGGGAAGAAGUGCAAUCUGUAACUGCUUUUCAAGUGUCGUAUAUGUCUUGCACGCUUUUUGAUGACUCUUUUUACAUACUGUGUGGCAGUUUGACAAGAUUCGAACAUUUUUCUAUUUGGCACUAAUGCUCAGGUGUUGCAGUGUGGCCAGGAACAAAGCGAAUUUUGGAACUUAGCGCUGCUUGUCUUCUGUAUUACUGUAUGUGGCCUUGUACAUAUGUCACUUGCUUAUGUACAAUACAUGGAUCAAGUUCAGGGGUCUCCAAACUUUUUCGCCCUAAAAAACCCGCACCAACUUUCAAAAUGCCUAAGAAUCCCGUGUCUUUGCAUCCACACACACAUUCACUAAUGAUAACAGAUGCAUGGCCCACAGACAGUAAUGGCACUCAUAUUGCAGCAUCUUUACUACAUUGAGACAAGAACGAAAACAGUGCGUAUCCUGGUGCAAACGGUACAUUGCUCGGUACAUUGUGGUCGCUUCUGCAGUGUGUCAGUUGCACAAUCAAAGCUAUGCAUGCAUGCCAUGAUUAGUUGUAGGAAAGAGAUAGCAAGUCAGUGGCAGGGUUAGGAUGCCACUGGCAACCAAGUUUGGGAACCCUUGAUCUAGAAGUUGGUGCAAUAAGGACGAGCAAAUGAACUGAUUUCCAUGUUGUUGUGAUGGGAAAACUGUACUGUCAAAGAGGCACGCCACCUAACUUACAAAGAAAAAUCUUUUCAGAGAUUCUUGGCAAGACAUUAACGCUUGUAUAAGGAGCGCUUGCAACUAGAGGCAGCAAGUGCUUUGUAAUAACUGCUCCUGGAAGUGCAAUUGACAUUUUGUCACUGCUUGUUUCAAGGAACAAGCAUUUUGUGGGUCUUGUGGCAGCUGUCUUGGAAGGUGGGAUGCUGUCAACGUUGCAUGCGAUGGUUCACUAACAAGUACGUUUUGUAGCUUGCUUUCAGUGCACACAAUUUUCUUUAUUGUAGGGGAAAAGCAUACAAUUUACUUUUGAUGUGGGAUAUGAACUUUUCUACCAUGUUAUGUCUAAGGCUCUUUUGCAAUUUUCAGCUGCAAUCGCUUCCUUUUUUGGAGCCAAGCCACAGUGCCCUCUAAUUUUUUUAAUCUAGCUAAUGGAUAACUUAGCUUUUGGUCGCACCAGUUGAGCUUGUGCUACAAAAAACUGCCUGCCUUGGAGAUCUGCUUGUUACAUUUUAAAUGCAAUGGUGAAAAAAAUCUCAGGAGAACUGUUUGUUUAUUUUGAGUGCCGGAAAAGCUAAGUACUUGGCAAAAACACAAGCAGAGUGCCUGCUACCUCUGUCUUACCGUCACAUGGCUUCUAGCUGGUCACUGAGGCAGCUCAUUAUUGGAAAGUAAAUGUGCAUGGUAGUCUUAAAAAAUUUUCACGAGGUUUUUCUUUUCUUCCUUUUUUUGUGUUUGUGUGUAGUAUACAUACUAUUUAGCCAUCACUUGUGGAUUGGAAAGUGGCAGAUACCUAGCGAACACUGAUAUUUACUUUAGUCUUCUGUGCUUUUAUAUCAUAUAUAUGUUAAGACAAUUGUAAUGAAGUCUGACACCGAAAAACCUUCGUUAUGCUCAAUACAGUAGACCCCCCUUAAAAUGAACUCGGAGGGACCAUGAAAAUUAGUUCAUCUUAUCAAGUUUGUCUCAUCAGAAGAAUAAUUGACCUGACUAGGUGCAUCCAAAUAUCUUACUUCAAAACGGAAAAUGAAGUAGACCUUCAAGAGCAGAAAAGUGAAAAGCAUUUAGUUACUGAACUUAAUAGAAAACUGUCAAGUGGUACUCUUGCUUGGUUUCAUCCAGUCUGUGAUUGAUGUUUGUCACUUUUGUGCAAAAUGGCGAGCAGUCACGAAUGACGUCAUCUCACUUAAUGACCUUAAAGAUCCUUCUGUGCCGUCGUGCUGCUGGAAAAAGUUCACUAGGAAGUUCAAGCAGGCACCUGCCGCCUCACAGGUCAUCGGUGCAGGCUGCGAGCUAGUGAAAGUACAAAGGAGUGCGCUGAGCACGCGGCAAAACAAAGCCGCCAAGAGGAAAGUCUAGCUGAUAGUUGAGUGAAGUGGGGCACGAGAAACAAGGCAAAGCGUCGCAGUGGAGGAAGGUAGGCGGAGGCGCACUGUGUUGACCUCCUCUAGCAGUUGCUACAGGUUUUGUUUGCGAUUCGGACGUACGGUCGUAUCGUGAUAACAUCCUCGCGCACCGUAACGCUGUCUGUGCGACGGUGAACGGACGAUGGCGGCUCAAUCACGUGCACAAGGGAAAAAGCAGGCCGUCUUCCAUAGGGCCAAUAGCUUUGUGUGCGCUAUACAGUGGCGUAGCUAGGUCAUCUGGCACCCGGGGCCCAUAGGUCUUCUGUAACACCCCCCCCCCCCCCCCCCCUCCGGUGUAGCCGGUGUAAUGGGAAAAGGGUGUACUCAGACGUAUAUGACACCCCCCCUCCCCUCCCCACUGGUCCCUUGCACCCGGGGCCCACGGCCCCCCGGCCCCCCCUGUUGCUACGCCACUGACGCUAUAGCACCCAUACGCUUAUGCGUCACCUGCGUUCAAAAAAUGAAAUGUCACUAACUUUUUUGUUUCAUCUUGUUUUCGCCUCUGUCCAAGGGCGAUGUGCACUGCAGGCCUCCACUAGGGUGCCUCAAUGUGCAAGCCCCCAGGCGUAUGUGUGAGGCGGUUUGUCUUAAGCAUUUUGUCUUUCUUUUGCAAUGAGUUUAUGGAAAACCAAACGUUCCCAUGUUCUUCGUUAUAUGCAAUAAUUUGGCUUAACUGGGUUCGUCUUAACGAGAGUUCACUGUAUUCAUUAUAAGCAUUCUUUGUUACACACCAAUAUUGGCUAGAAAAAUCUUUAUUCAUUAUAUCCAGUGAUUCAGUAUAUGCAUGUUAUGGCUAGGUUCAGCAGUAGAUGCAAGUGAGGCCCGACACAAAACAACCUUUGUUACAUCAAAUAUUCCUUAUAAGCAUAUAUUUCUUUAUCUGCUGAUAUCGGCAAGAAAAUUUUAAUCUACCUAAUGCGUCUAAUAAUUUAUUAUAUUGGUGUUCGUUAAGUUGAUGUUCGACUAAAGCUCCAGGUUAAAUCGUCGUUAAUCUCUGCAUUUUUAUGCUUUCUUUAGCCAAUGAGGAACCUUUGUUAGCAGUAUGACUCCCCCUCUCCACUCCUCGUACUCAACGAAAGCCUGGCUGUGUUGUGGGGCUUACAGUGUUGGUGCUGUAAUGAUCUGAGCUGGUGAAAACUUUGCACUCCCUAGAGAUAUUGUGAAGCACAAGUACAAUGGGAGCCUUCACCAUGGAACCCAACAAAUGACUCGGGUCUGCAGAGAGUGGCCUGUAGACUUUUAGCAAAGGCAAAAAAUUGAUUUAAUAAUCCAUGCAAAACUGAAUGUAUUCAUCGAUGGUUCAACUGUGGCCAAUGUAUUUCUUGAGUGUGCAUUGCCGAGCACAGUAAUCGUUACUGUUCUGUUCUUUUGGGACAGCAUAGCAGAUUUUAGUUACACUUGGUAUCAGAACACUUGGUAUCAGUGGGGGAAAUAAACAAGUGUGUGCUUACAGAUAAAUGCAGCGUGCAGUGGCUGCAAUUUAUUGCUCAGUUUUGCGACACCCCUUGCAGAAUCUUCAUAGUCAACUGGGGUGGCCACAGCAAAUGUUAUAGCACUUACUUCAGAUAGGCCAGUGCGAUUGCAGACUACAAGGAAUUUGAUAUGCAAGGAAGCUUCACACAAGAAUGAGGAAGGACUUUGAUGCUGUGCAGGAUGGCUUUCGGUACCCUAGUUGCUGAAUUCCAUGGGUGUUUUAAAGUGCACCAGACAGUGAGGAAGCAAAAAAUUGGAGCAGACGACAAUGCUUUGAAGGUUUGAAGCACACACUGACAGUAAUUUGCCUGCAUUACACUUCAAUGUUGGAGUUUCAACUAGUCCCUUAUUGCUACAAUGGACCCUCAUUUUGAAUUGUUGAGUUUGUGUCUCUGUGUCGUAUUCUUUUGUCAGUAAUGAUGGAAGUAAUUAAACAAAUAUAAAUGCACAGAUUGCGUAUACUGCUGCCUAAUAACGGCAUGUGAUGCAAUUGCAUGAGCCACAUCGAUGUCAGAUACACUGACUGCACUGUGUCUGCUGAUCAGGUGCAGGAUCAGAAAUCAUUGUUCGAAACAUGCAUUCAGUUUGCGUUCAGUUUUGCCUCACCUGGUUGGCCUAGACCGUACAGACGCCAUCAGCCACACCCGUUGGCGUGGCCUAGGCUAAUCGCGUGAGGCGAAACUGAACGCACGUUUCAAAACUAUCUUCAAUUGCACCCCUGAAGUUGGCUGUGCUACAAUGUGGUUAGCUUAGUAUGCCUUGCAGAAAAGCUGACUCAACAAUUGAAAGGAGGGUUGAUUGCAAAGCCUACAGCAAACAAUUACUGAAUGAUGGUAGCAUAGUAGUAUUUUGCUAUGCCAUUUUAUUCUAUGUGCAUGACGGUGAACUGCAUUUUCUUUUCAAACUCAUGCGUGUGCCAGCUUACAUAGCUUCUUGUGCAUACCGCUGACAAGGUGCACAUGGGACGUACUUUAUCGCAUACUUGCAGUGCACAAAGAUAGCUUAACAGCAAUUCUUUUGCCAUUCUAUGUUUAACGGCAAGCGUCGUACACUACAAACUAUAUGAUCUGCACUAUUUUUCUACACACAAGGUGGGCAAGGCCUCGACCUGAAUGUCAACUGUGUUGAUGGACCAAACCUUUUUUCUUUUUCUUCUUACUGCAGUUCGAAAUUUGUCAAAAGUCCUCUUUCCCCACUCUCCAUUUUUCCGUGUUGUGCACAGAUGUUAUAAUAAGAGUGACAGAACUGUUCACUCAUAAUCUUUACAGAGCUCUCACACUUCGGUGUUUGGCUUGUGGCUUGCAUAGACCUCGCAUCGUGCUGUACUGUGGGUGUUUGUAGGUUGGUAGGUGAAGUGCGCAGGGCUGCCUUUUGCUGCCGAUAUUGCAGGCUUCUCGUAAUCACCUCUCUCAGUGCUGGCACAAAUGGCUGCUAUAGAUAGCCUCUGAUGUGUAUGAUUUGUUGUGUAAGUUUACAAUUAUAUAUAUAUACCUGUAGCAGAUGCACUGUGUUGCCAUCUGCUGCAUACUGUUAUGAAAUCUGCAGUCUGUGUGUGGGUGUACACUUCACUCUGCCAAGCACUGCCUCUCGGUGUUCAGACUGGGUCUUUGUGGUAUAGUCUUUCAUUACAAUCAUAGAAAUAACAUUGCUGCUCUUUCAGUGGGUGUAUUAAGUCACUUCUACAAUUUCUUAAAUUUAAGAAAAUAAGUCACUGGUAUGUAAAUUUGUUUUUACUGUGCUUCAAUAGCUGGCUUCAAGAGAAUAUAGAAAGCUAAGUUCGCAGUGAGCUGUUCGCUUCGCUGACAAGUUGUACUGCCAAUCAUUCAGUGGACUCUUCUGCAAAUUAAAUGUGGUGAACUGCUUUAUGAAAGUUGAUAUCAAGUCAGUUUAAGCAAAUCUCACCAUUAAGAGCAAACUUUCUUUCCUGUUGCAUUGCUAAACUGCUAAAGAAUUGGGUAAAGAAUAAUGCCACAAGGCAUUUUUUACUGAAUAACCGUGUAACGAAUGGCUCGUGCAUUACAGAAUAGGGGACACAUGUCAGUGCAGAUAAACGCGAUCGUUCAGCAAUAGUGCUGAACGACCACUAAGACCACCUGUGUGAUAUUGAUUGAAAUCAUCACCCAGAAAGGUGAAUUGGUGUUGCAUUCUUGAGGAUGAUUAUAGCGCAUAAGUGACAGUGCCAACAUUAUUCUUGUAAAGACAAAGCACACAGAUAAGAACCCAUACUGAUAAUUGAACAGCCGAAUGAAAAAAAAGAAGUAAAGCCUUGUCAAGGAUAUUCCCAGUACACAUGUGAAAAGAAUGUGAAGUAAAAGCACCAAGUAAUUGCAGCACAUUGCCUAGUCUCUGCAACUGAUAUUUCGUUCCAGGUAUUUGUUUUAGAAACAUCCUGAAGAAAACAAUUUUUAGCUGAGAGCCACAUGUACAACUUGCUAUUGCGAAGCAAACAGGCUCACCAUGGUUGUUCACAGAUUUCCAAAUUUGGGAGCCACAUUCUUUAGUUGUCUGCCCCUUAAGAAAUGCUACAGGAUGAUGGCCCUAGUUUGCUGCCUUAGACACUGCUGUGCCUCGUGCUGGUGCCUCUUGGUAUACCCUGUCUGCAAUGUUGAAAGCUGCCAAUUGCUCAUAUUUUCGAAUGCAGAGGUGUGGGGUAUUGAUGGCUCGCAUUUUCAAGGAGACAGUGGACCGUGAUGAGUGCAUUGUCACAGACCCGUCAAUUUCUUUCGCUGAAAUAUUACUGUGCAACUUUCAUGGGUUCUCUAAAUAUUACUCGUGUGACCAUCAUCCGCCCUGGUCAGCUGGCAACUGCUAGGGGAGUCAAGCUGUCAAGUGUUUUCACUUGAAGAAGUGUUUUAGGUGUGGGUUGUUGGUGCUCGGAGCAACCUGCAGAAUUUUAUUUGUGCUUUCUCAUAACUUCAGCUCCAGUUCACACAGAUUGGGGUUGAUUGAUCAGUGUUAGUAAUUUAGCAAGAAAAUCAUUAAAUUUAGCAAAUAUUUGGGCGCCUUAAUGGCAUAUGUGCUUGUUUUGGAGUCUUAGCGACUUUUCUAGUGACGUAAAUGGACAGUAAAUUGCUUUAGCAACUACUUUGCUGAGUUCAGUGCCUCGUUCCCAUUUAUCCUAAGGUUAAUAUAUGCUCCUUCAUUUGUCACUACUUUUAAAGACAUAUUGAAGAGUUUAUUAGUGAUCCAUCUAGGUAUGUAAAAGCACAAUCUUCAAAUCUGAUGUCGUUUAAGGGAAUGUGGGGUUGUUUUCCCUUUUCACAUUCUGGCCAUCAACUCGUACUCCACGACGGUCAACUUAAAGGUCAAUUUCAAUUAUAAGAAUCUCUACUUAAAGCUAUAGUUUAAAAGGUAACCAAGACUCUACGGACAGCUAAAACAUAAGACAAUUCUGAGCAACUUAUCAUCAAAUGACCUUUCACUAAAGAUAGUGUGCUUUUAACUGUGACCUGGCAACUUUGCCAAAAAAAUAAAUAAAAUUAAGUGGUGCAUAGCAUGCAAGGGCUUCAUUCUUUGCUUUGCAUUUGAGCAAACUAAACUUUGCUUCCUUUUUGGCAGAGUAAACAGGAGGUUGCUACGGGCCACCAACUACUGCAUACCUUACUAAAUUUUAUCACAUACAAUUGAUGCACAUGAAAUGCUUGUUGCAUGCACAACACGAAUAUUCUGUGACAGUGGCCUCAUCGCAGGCAGCCAUCAAAAUCUCAAAAGAGAUGCCGUGUUGUAAUCGCACUAUGUGGGUGUCAGGAGCGUAGAUCCGAUAUAUUUGCCAGUUAGAUGCCUUUGCAAUUGCCGUAGCAACGCAUACCAAUUGCAUUCAAGAGCUUGAUUGGAACCAAUGAGACAUAUUCUAUACAGGCUGCCUGUAGUGUAUGCUGUUGUAAUGUUGAAAGCUGUGUAUGAAAUAAAUAUUUUACAAAGGCAAA